UCUUUUGUCACAACCCAUCAAUCUUUCAGAUAUUUUCCCAAACAGAAGACUUUUUGUUGGGUUCUCUGCAGCAACAGGGACAGCUAUCAGUUAUCAAUAUAUUCUUUCGUGGAGUUUUAGCACAAGCAGAGGAUCACUGCAGCGACUUGACAUCUCAAGACUACCUGAAGUUCCACAUCCUAGAGCUGAACAUAAGAACCUAUCUCCGCUGUUUAUUGUCCUGCUUGGUUUUCUGGCUAUCAUGGGCUUGUGUACUCUUACUGGAAUGUACUUUUUUAGGAGGAGCAAGUAUGCAGAAGUAACCGAAGCAUGGGAAAAGGAAUUUGGUGCACAUCGAUUCUCUUACAAAUCCUUGUACAAAGCAACAAAAGGGUUUAACAAGGAUGGAUUUCUUGGAAGAGGAGGUUUUGGAGAAGUCUACAGAGGAAAUCUCUUUUCAAACAGAGAAAUAGCUGUGAAGAGAAUGUCACAUGACGGUGAUCAAGGUGUGAAGCAAUUUGUGGCUGAAGUCGUGAGCAUGAGAUGUCUGAAACACAGGAAUCUUGUUCCGCUUCUUGGGUAUUGCAGGAGAAAACAUGAGUUGCUUCUUGUCUCCGAGUACAUGCCCAAUGGUAGUCUUGACGAGCAUUUGUUUGAUGACCAGAAACCGGUACUUUCUUGGCGACAAAGACUUGUGAUUAUUAAGGGUAUUGCAUCUGCACUCUGUUACCUUCAUACAGGUGCGGACCAAGUUGUUCUGCACCGAGAUAUCAAAGCUUCAAACAUUAUGUUGGACGCCGAGUUCAAUGGAAGAUUAGGGGAUUUUGGCAUGGCCAGCUUUCACGACCAUGGAGGCAUCUCAGACUCAACAUGCGCCGUGGGGACUAUCGGGUACAUGGCGCCAGAUAUACUUCAUAUGGGAGCAUCCACUAGAACUGAUGAGUAUGCCUUUGGUGUUUUCAUGGUUGAAGUAGCCUGUGGGAGGAGACCUGUGGAACCACAGUUGCAACUUGAGAAACGAGUUCUGAUUGAAUGGGUUUGUGAUUGCUGGAAAAGGGGUUCUUUGCUUGAUGCUACCGAUCCCGAUUACGUGGAAAAUUCUUAUCCAAGGAAGUCGAGAUGGUCAUGAAACUCGGUCUGCUCUGCUCAAAUACCGUGCCAGAAUCCAGACCUACAAUGGAGCAAGUUGUCCUAUACUUAAACAAGAACCUACCUUUGCCAGAUUUCUCACCAUAUACAGUGGGGAUUAGCAAUCAUUCUUCGGUUCUGAUUGAUGCAGCCUCCCUUGUAGCUUCAAGGAGCUGGUCAGCUGUUUCCUCGGCCAAUAACUCACCUUAAUACAGAUCACGAUUAUUUUUAUCGGUCUCACUUGGUCCCAAUCACUGAAUUUUUUCUGGAAAUGCUAUAUUGUCCCAAUCAAUAAUAAAAGAAACUAACAGUUAUCCGAUUU